UUACAAUUCUCGAUCGCCGAAGCCGUACAUCAUCACACAAGGCAGGGGAACCCCCCACAAGCCUUCUCCCUUAGAUGAUCGUGGGUUUGAAAUCCAUGAAUCCAGCAUGAACGCAAAGUGGCUAAUUGAGCAUGGUGUGGACCCUUCAGACAUUCUCGAGGAGAGUGCAAGCUUGGAGACAGUCGGCAACGCAUAUUUCGUUCGGGCAUUGCAUACGGAUGUUCUUUCACUGUACCGUCUUGUCGUCAUCAAUAAUUUCUGGCAUAUGCCAAGGUGCAAAGCAGUUUUCGAUCAUGUGUUCAGCGUGCCGAGUGACAGGGCCGAUAAUGGGGGAUACACAUUAGAAUACGUCUCUGUUGACUCAGGGUUGACUAGUGAUGUGCUUGAGUUACGCCUGGAGAGGGAGAAGAAGUCGCUCCCCAAUUUCUUGCCAAACAGCCCUUGGGCCAAAAAAAUCAAAACGCUACGUGAUUUGCACAGAUGGCUAUUCUCAGAGAAUACAGCGUACGCCUCCAAGAGGUUGACGAUGAAAAGGGAGGCGAUCGAUCCGACCGUCGCCAAAAGCUAUUAAGGCAUUGUCUGUCGUGGCAUGUCCUCCAAUAUGCAUCUU